AUGUCGCGCCUCAACCCGACAUCGUGGACUUUCGAUAUCGAUCGAUACCUCAAUCCAUUUAUUCCAUCACCACCAUGGCAACAUAUCCCGUAUCCCGUCGCAUACAUCUUUGGAUUCCGACGCGAUAAACCAAAAAGCAUUGGGACGAUCCUACCAGUAAUAUGGGCAUUUGUCGGAAUAUUCAUCGCCCUCUCAGUAAUUGAAUUGGCGUCUGAGCGCAUUCCCUCUUUUGUCGAACGAGGUGCCCCCAUCAUUGUUGGAUCUUUUGGCGCUGGCGCUGUUCUCGAAUUCUACGCCAUCGAAUCUCCCCUCGCCCAACCACGAAACUUCUUCGGCGGCCAACUCAUCGCCGCAACAAUAGGCGUCAGCAUAGGAAAGCUCUUCCUCCUCAGUUCAAACUUUCAUUCCAUCCAAUGGCUCGGUGGCGCCAUAUCCUGUGCGACCGUAACAUCCAUAAUGGCCCUUACAAAAACCAUUCAUCCCCCCGCCGGCGCAACAGGUCUCCUCGCCGUUGUCGACAACCGCCUCCUCGAUCUCGGCUGGUUCUUCAUCCCAGUUGUGUUGUUCAACUGCACCAUCAUGUUUGGUGUUGCGCUGUUGGUUAAUAACAUUCAGCGCGCGUACCCGGUUUAUUGGUGGACACCUGAGGACUUGAGGGGGGCUAAGACGGAAGCGCAGAGGGAGAGUGUUGAUGAAGAGAAGGGAAGGGCGACGGAAGAGAGUGAUUCAGAGAGGCAUGAGAGGCAUGAUGGGAUGGAGAUUAUUAUGAAGCCUGGAGGAAGCUUGGUGCUGCCGCAGAAUUUGUUCCUCAUGCAGGAGGAGCUGCAGCUGUUAGAAGAGAUUGCCAACCGGUUAUAG